AAUCCUACUAUCUUAUUACAGACAAAAUGGGGAGAAUUUCUUUUUCCAUCUUCUUCCUUGGGAUCUGUAUAUCUCAUAUCUCCGCAGAGAAAAGGGUUUUAGCACUCCUAGAGAACCUGGCCGUCAAGGAAACCCACUCCAUGUUCUUCAAAACUCUGACAGAUCAGGGGUUCGCUCUGACCUUUAAGGUGGCUGAUGAUUCUAACCUAGUCCUUAAGAAGUACGGUGAAUAUUUGUUUGAUAACAUCGUCGUUUUUGCUCCGACCGUCGAAGAAUUCGGCGGUGCCCUGAGUGUCGAGGCCAUGACCGAAUUCGUCGACGACGGUGGAAACCUUCUUAUUGCCGGAAACUCUAAUACCGGCGAGGUGCUGCGCGAGAUUGCCUCUGAAUGUGGAUUUGAAGUCGACGAAGAAGGAACAUACGUCAUCGAUCACCUGAACUUCGACGCCAAGGAUACCGGCCACCACACUCUCGUUGUCUCUGAGUCCAAGAACUUGAUCAAAUCCGACCUCAUCACAGGCGGGGUUAAGUCUCCUCUACUGUACCGAGGAGCUGGUAUCCUAGCGGACCCGGAAAAUCCUCUUGUUCUCGAGAUUCUAACCGGUUCCUCCUCAUCUUACUCACACAACCCGGAGCAACCUAUCCGAGACUAUCCUCAUGCUGUCGGGAAGAACACAGUUCUCAUCGCCGGACUCCAAGCCAGAAACAAUGCUCGAGUUAUCUUCUCCGGAUCUCUGGAAUUCUUCUCCGAUGAAUUCUUCACAGCCGAGAUAGGCUCCGGCCCGACCGGAAACGCUGAGUUUACAAAGAUGAUGAGUCUGUGGUGUUUCCAAGAGCGUGGAGUGUUAAAGGUUGAAUAUACCAACCAUCAUCUCGUCGGAGAAUCCUCUCCUCCUGAUUUCUACACGAUCAGGGAGUUGGUCGAAUUCAGUAUCAGUAUCAAGGAGAAGAAGAACGGAGUCUGGGUUCCUUACUCCGGCACUGAUGUACAGGUUGAGUUCGUGAGGAUUGAUCCCUUUGUGCGUGCCACCAUGUCGAACAAGAACGGAUUGAUCUCCACCCAGUUCAAGAUUCCUGAUGUAUACGGAGUUUAUCAGUUCAGAGUUAAUCAUCAUAGACUAGGAUUCACCAGGGUACAAACCACUACUCAGGUUUCUGUCCGCCCUCUCCGCCACAACCAGUACGAGAGGUUUAUUAUCUCCGCCUAUCCCUACUACGCCUCAUCCUUCAGUAUGAUGGCCGGCGUAUUCGUCUUCGCCAUCAUCUUCCUUCACUACAAGGAGGAGGACGUGAAGAAGAAGUCCGAGUAGAUGUAGUUUAAGGAGUUCAUCUUCAAUGUGGAGUUCAUCGUAUUUCUUUGUUGAUUUAAAUCCUUGAGUAAUUUCUUGUUUUUGUUUCACCCGAAUUUUCUUCAUCUUAAUAUAAUAAACAUGUGUGAGUAGUGAGUAUGCGGAAUAUGUAUUUAUGUAAACUUGAAAUAAAAUCUAAAUAGUGAAUACACAGCACAUGUGAUACAAUCUUGUUUCCUAAUAAAUUGGUGAAUUCAAUUUUCUUGUACAAUAGAGAUUAUUUAGUUUGGUUAUGUACUGCGUACCCUGUGUACUGUACAAGGUUUGUUUUCA